AUGACGGUUGGUGGCGGAGGUGGUAGCAGUGGCAAGGGUAUCGGUGGUUGUUGUAGUGGUGGUUACGAUGGUUGUGGCUGCGGUGGCAGGGGUGUUGGUGGCGGAGGUGGUGGUCGUGACAAGGGUAACGGUGGUUAUGACAGUGGUGGGGUUGACACUCUACAAAUAGAAGAAAAUUCAAAGCAGAAUCCAGCUGCUGAAUCAGAUGUAAAUAAAAAUGUAAUUUCUGCCUCAGGAGCUGUUAAACAUGAGGAUGUUGUGGAUCAGAUUCUUUUUAAUUUUCUUGAAGAUUUGGAAGAAAUUGUGGUGAAUAUUGAAUAG